AUGCCGCCUCAAAUCAAGCAAGACCUGAACCGCUCAGGUUGGGAAUCCACCGACUUCCCCUCCGUAUGCGAAAACUGCUUGCCGCCCAAUCCCUACGUCAAGAUGCUGAAGGAGGACUACGGCGCCGAGUGCAAGAUCUGCACGCGACCAUACACAAUCUUCUCGUGGCCAGCCGAUCGCUCCCACGGCCGAAAGAAGCGCACCAACAUCUGCCUGACUUGCGCGCGCAUGAAGAACUGCUGCCAAUGUUGCAUGCUGGACUUGCAGUUCGGUUUGCCCAUUCAGCUGCGUGACGCCGCGCUCAAGAUGGUCGCGCCCGGCCCUAAGAGCGAAAUCAACCGCGAAUACUUUGCCCAGAACAACGAGAAGGCGCUAGAGGACGGCCACGGCACCGAGGAGUACGAGAAGACGGACGAGAAGGCGCGGGAGCUGCUGCGGCGGCUGGCGAACAGCAAACCAUAUUUCAGAAAAGGGCGGGCGAUCGAGGAUGGCAGUGCAGAUUCGAGCGCGGCAGGGAGUGCUACGGGUGGGAAUGCUGCGGUUGGCGCUGGUGUCGGUGGACCGGGACCGAUACGGACGCGCGACUCGAGAGCGGCUGCAACAGCUGGUGCGAAGCCAGGCAGGAGACCGUUCCCUAGCGCAUCACAACUGCCACCCGGCCCCAAAGACUACAUACCACCGAACGACACGUCGAUCAUGAGCUUGUUUGUCACGGGUGUCGAGGACGACCUGCCCGAGUACAAGGUUCGCGACUUCUUUAAAGAGCACGGCAAGAUCAAGUCCCUCAUCUGCAGUCACAUGUCACACUGCGCGUUCAUCAACUACGAGACGAGAGAGGGGGCCGAAAGGGCAGCGGAGGCGUGCAAGGGUCGUGCUGUCAUCGCGGGCUGCCCGCUGCGCGUACGGUGGUCCCAACCUAAAUCGAUCGGGACUAUGAGCAAGGACGAAAGAGCCGAGAUGGCCAGAGAUGGACGAUCAGCAUUUGGGGACCAGAGACGAGGACAAGGACCUCGCAAGGCUAUUGCAGAAGCACCAGGACAGGAAGGCGGAGGGCAGGUUGGGGCAUCACAACAAGACCUCGAUGAGUUGUCUGCUGCUGCUCCACCGCCUGGCUCAGGGGAUGUCAACUACGCCAGCUUGGCCGGCGAUUAG